AUGGAGCGAUUCGCAACCCGGCGAAUGUUCAAAUCCGAUGAAUCGUUCAAGGCCAAAAAUUAUUUUUUCAUACUCGGAUCUGACUCUGAUGGAUCUGCUUUUAGAGACGACAGUUUUCUCCGCGAAGAAGCUGAAAAAUAUCAAGACAUUGUCAUUGCCGAUUUCGUCGACACUUACAACAACCUUCCGACCAAAACUCAGAGCAUGUAUGAUUUCGCUACGACUUACUGUAGCGAUUCUGUUCUCUAUUUCGUCUUUCACGAUUCGGAUACAAUCAUCGACAGUCGCGAACUAGAGCAUCGAAUGACCAAAAAAGUCAGCUGGGAAAGAUUGAGCACAUCGUCUAAGAGGACGAUAACAGGUCUCUCAUCUCUCAAGGACAAUUUGGAUGUAAAGACAGAUUUCCAAAUUCCUUUCCUGAGAAAUAUUUCGGAAGAAGAAGACGGCCAUGGAGUUGUUCACGAAGCUUUGGGAAACGAGAAGGGCCAAAUCUUCUGUCUAAGGCCGACAGGAUGGAAUCACAACGCGAAAAACACGGAAAAAUACAACAUCACGCAAUCAGAAUACCCACCCUUAUUUCGUCUUCCCGAGUACUGUAAUGGCCAGGGAGCGAUUUUAAACAGAAUUGCUCUCGAAAAAAUCCACCAAGUUUCGAAAGUUACCGAAAUGGGCAGCUUCAGAAUCGAAGACAUUUACUUCACUGGCAUUUUGCGGGCCAAAGCGGGUAUUCAAGUGCCGGAGCGAGUUUUGAGCUUUGACUCGGAGAAGAUUUCUUCAAGAGGAAAUUUGAUGCAUACGUUGCUGCUCUUUGCAAAGCAUAAUUCAAAAGAUGCAUUUAGUGGAACUAGCCCUGUUCUUCAAGACGAUAAACUCAUUUACGCAGCCGCAUCAGGAUUUUUCCCUCAAGUGCUCAUGAAACGAAAAGCGACAGAAGACUUUGAAACGGACCUCAAAGUCGGAGAUAUCGAAUCAGUUCUUGGAAAUCAACGAGAUGCGCUAGAAAAACGACUUGAGUGGUUCUAUGAGCAAGAGAGAAAGAAUAAAAACUUGCAUCUUAAAAUUCUCGACUGA